GAACCACGCUGUGACCGGCGAGCCAAUUACUAUCUUUUCUCUUACACCUCUGACUUCAAGCUGAGGCAACUCUUUCCCAUAACCAUCACACUCUCCGUAUUUCUGUUCUCAUAAUUUAUCUAUACCACUGCACCCUCCAUGGAUUUUUAGCGAUUACUCUCACCUUAAACCCUAAUUUCGGAUAUCAACGGCUCAGUUCUCAGUGUAGGUUUUUAAUGGAUGGGGAUGAUAACGACUUGGGGAGUGCACAUGAAGAAAAUGUUGAAGUCAGAUCUGAGAUAUCAAAUAACUUGGACUUGAAUGUGGAGCAAAACUGUUGCAGCCCCAAGGUUAUACAUGAUAAUGGUGCUCAAUCUGGUCAUGCUUCUGUGGACGAACCCAGUACCAGUAAUGUAUUGGGAACUGGGACAGAAUUUGAAUCUGAUGAGCAUGCAUACGGAUUCUAUAACAAAUAUGCCAGGUUGCUGGGUUUCAGUGUUAGAAAAGAUUGGGUAAAUAGGAGUAAAGUACAUGGUCAGGUGGUGUCUAGAAAGUUUACUUGCUCCAAAGAGGGAUACCGCAGGAAAGACAAAAGAGAUGUUAAUGUGAAAAAACACAGGAAAGAAACAAGAACUGGUUGCUUGGCUCAUAUGAUCAUCACUCGCCAACCAGAUGGUAAGUACCGAGUUACCAAUUUUGAGGCACAGCACAAUCAUGAUAAUAUAAAUCCUAGUAAAGCUCACAUGUUAAUGCUGCAAAAUGAACUAAGUGUUGCCCAAGGGGUAGAAGCUGACCCUAAAAAUACGAUAGGACCACCCAAGUCAAAGUCAGCAUUGGAAAUUAUGGAUAGAAAAUUUGCAGUUCGCGUGUCCCUUGAUCAAGUUUGUAUGGAUUUUGACAAUCACCUUCAGUCAGAGAGGGAUAGAGAUAUGAAUGAAGGAGAAGCAGGACGUUUAUUGGGUUACUUUCAGAGACAACACUUUGAAAAUCCUACAUUUUUUUAUUUCUUACAGUUAGAUGUUGAUGACAAGGUAAGCAAUAUAUUUUGGGCUGAUGACAAUAUGGUGCUGGAUUAUGAUUAUUUUGGUGAUGUAAUUUGUUUGGACACAACUUGCAGAACAGACAGAGAACUUCGACCAUUUGUACAAUUUAUAGGUGUUAAUCAUCACAAACAAGUGGUGAUCUUUGCAGCUGCACUUCUAUAUGAUGAUACCACGGAAUCAUUUAAUUGGUUAUUGCGUACUUUUAUUAAUGCCAUGUCUGGGAAAAAGCCGAAGUCUAUUCUCACAGAACAAGAAGCUGUAAUUAUUGAAGCUGUCAAUACAAUUCUGCCUGAAACAAACCAUUUUACUUGUGUAUGGCAGCUGUAUGAAAAUACUUUAAGACACCUCAGUCAUGUAGUUAAGGAUGCUAAUUCUUUUGCCAGCGAUCUCCGAUGCUGUAUUUAUGACCACAAAUACGAGGAGGAUUUUUCUCAUGCUUGGGAGGCUAUGUUGGAGAAGUAUGAUCUGCAGCAAAAUGAAUGGUUGAGAUGGAUGUACAGAGAAAGAGAGAAAUGGGCAGUUGUCUUUGGUCGAAAUACAUUUUUUUUGGAUGCAAAAGGCUCUCAUUUAGGUGAGAUUUUGUCUCGUAAAUUUAGAAGUUAUUUAAAUUCUGACCUUGAUGUCAUUCAAUUCCUGAAGCAUUUUGAAAGGGUAGUGGAUGAACUACGUUAUGAAGAAAUUGAAGCUAAUGAUGAGAUGAGGAGACGUUUGCCAAGACUAAUGGGUAAUGUUGUUUUGUUAAAGCAUGGAAGUGAUGCAUAUACUCCAAGGGCAUUUGAAGUAUUUCAGCAAGGAUAUGAGAAAUCUUUAAAUGUUGUUGUUAACCAAUUCAGUAGGAAUGGAUCACUGUUUGAGUAUAAAGCAAAUACGUUUGAACAUAUUAGACAAUAUAAUGUCACAUUCAAUUCUUUAGAUGAUACAGUUUUGUGCAGUUGUAUGCAGUUUGAGCGUGUUGGAUUUUUGUGUAGCCAUGCACUAAAAGUGCUUGACCAUAUGAACAUAAAAGUGGUUCCAUCUCAGUACAUCUUAAAGAGAUGGACAAAAGAGGCAAGGUUGGGAACUGUCAAGGACGUUGGGCAAUUUAACAUGCAAGAUAAUCCUAAGAUGAUUGUAGCAAGCCGUUACAAAGAUUUGUGCCACAGGCUGCUCAAGUUUUCAGCAAGGGCCUCCGAAUCUGUGGAAGGUUAUCAAUUUGCUCGGAUGAAACUUGAUGAGAUAAUGGAAGGAGUCGAGAGAAUCUUGGCAUUGAAAGGUGCAGAAACUCAGAUUAUCACCUCCAGCAGCGCUGAUGCAAUUGCUCCUGAGAAUGAGCCUGCAGACAUCUUUCUCAAUGGACAGGCAAUGGAAGAUCAAAAUGAAAGUAACAGAAUGGAAGAAGAAAAAGAAGGGAGCUCUACACCUGUUAGAGGCCAUCAAACUACUAUGCACUGUAAUGGAUUAGACACUCAAAGGGUUCUAGAUGUAGAAGUUUCUCCGCCAGAUACUGUUGCCUGCAUUUCAAGUCCCUCUUCUGCCUAUGUUUCAUCUCAAUGUACAACAUCAAAUCCCAUCAUGCAGGGACUGUAUAAUUUUGAAGCCAACCAUGUAGUUCAUUGCAUGUAUGAACAGUCCAAUCUUGCGCUGGACUCCCAAUCUAAUGAUAACAUGUACCAUCCACAAAACUUCUUUUCUACCCAACAGGAUUCUCCCGGCCAACCUCAACUGCUGCAGGAGCCUGUAAUUCAAAGCAUGUACCAGCAUUCCAUCCGCAACACUAAUCAGAUGAGACAGGUAAUUGAUAUCCAAAAUCCACAUUCAUCUUCAUUCCUGCUCUAUGAUCGUAAAUACAGAACUUCAGACGCUGCAUAAAUAAGAGGGAAGGAAAAUGAUUGAGUGAGUUCCCUCUGCUGUACAUAGUCCGAAUUGAUCAACCACAAAGGUUUUGUACUGAACGAUUCGUCUUAUUUUGGUAGUAAGAUAACUUAAAGUUUAAUGACAUUAUAGCUUGUGUGCACAUUUAUGUAAUUGAAUGAAAAAUAGAAAAUUCUUGCAAUGACAGCUGACAUAUCUCAAGUAUACUGUUCCUCUC